AGGCAACCGCCACAACCAAAAGCAGAAGAAGGAAUUUUAACGUUGGUUUCGUUCUGCUCUUCGGUUAAACGUGUCUAAUCUUCACAUGUUGUCUCAUUGUGAGCUCCGAUAGUAUUUGCAGUCUCACUUUAAUGCCGAUGUUUGUCUGUUUUAGCAGGUCAAACACCCUGAGUGAGACCAGUUAGCCUCCGGUCUUCCUGAUAAGCUAACUGUCAGGAGAAGUAACCAGUUUCUAGUUCAAGAGAAUCGCGAAAAAAAAACUUCACACGGAUGUUAUUGGACUCUUAUUGGAUGCUGUGCGGCUGCCAGCUCUUCUUCUAGGGAAUAAAAUCAACACUAUCCGGUCCCAAACAGCAUCAUGUCUGUUAAUGUUUGGGUGGUUGCUGGUGAUCGGUUACUCAUUCAACGAGAAAGCAACUCAGUUCAUGACCGCAACUUACCAACCAAUCUAGAGAUGAAAGAGGAACACAGAGAACCAGACCUAAACCAGAUGAAGGAGGCACCAGAAUGUCAACCGAUCAAAGAAGAACAAGUUGAGCUCGACAUCUUUCAUGACGAGAAGUCUGUAGUGAAGCCGGAUGCCGACACUUUUAGGGUGUCUGCUGGUUCUGAUGAAAUAUUCCAGCGUAAACCUGAACUGCAGCAGGUCACGGGGAUGAAGGAAGAACCAGAACCUGAACAGAUUAAAGAAGAACUGGAGGAUCUAAAAACUGUACAAAUUAAACAAGAAGAGGAGGAACUCUACAGUGAUCAGGAUGAAGAUCAACUUGUAGCAAAGCAGGAUUCCUUCAGAGAAACUCCUGUUCAUGAGGAAAAAUACCGUAGUGAACCAGAUCCAAACCAGGACCAGAUCCACCCUUCCAACUCCCCAGAAGCUGAAAACCAACCACAGGAUGGAUGCAAUGAUAAAGACCUGGUGUUAGAUGUAGAUGAAGAACUAACAAAGAAUCAGAAUGACAGUGUUGAACAUGCUAAAGUUAAAAAGCUAAAGAAAAGCAUGCGUUCCUGUAAAAUAUGUGGAAAACAUUUAAUCAGGAAAACUCUCCUAAAAAUUCACAUGAGAAUCCACACUGGUGAGAAACCGCAUACCUGUCAAGUCUGCAGUAAGUCGUUCAGCUUUAGCAGUCAUUUGGUUCGUCACAUGAGAAAUCACACUGGUGAAAGACCAUUCUCAUGUCAGACUUGUGGGAAAAGCUACAUCAACAGAAGUAGCUUAAAUGCACACAUCAAAGACCAUUUGGGAGAGAAUUCAUUCCCAUGUGGAUUGUGUGAUAAAUCUUUCACCAAGAGUCAAAAUCUGGUUUGUCACAUGAGACUCCACACAGGCGAGAAACCAUUCUCGUGUCCAAUCUGCGGAAAAAGCUACGUAAGCAAAAGCAGCCUGAAAAAACACAGCAUAACACACAGCAUAGUCGACACAGGCGAGAAGCUGUUCUCAUGUGGCUUGUGUGACAAGUCUUUCAAAAACAAACGAGGUCUGGUUCGUCACGUCAAACUCCACUCAAACAAGAGGCCGUUUUCAUGUCCCACUUGUGGGAAAAGCUACACAAGUAAAGGCGCUUUAAAAGAACACUCUAGAGUUCACCUCCCUGAAAAGCCGUAUCCGUGUGACCUUUGUGAUAAAACCUUUGCAGCCAAGAUUAACUUUGACCGCCACAGGAGGACUCACACAGGCGAGAAGCCAUUUUCGUGUGAAGUUUGUGGGGAUUUUUUUAUUGACAAGUUGGCUGUGGUUAAACACAUGAGAAGUCACACAGGCGAGAAACCGUUUCCAUGUGAAAUGUGUCCUAAAUUCUUUCAUACAAAAUUUAAUUUAGCGUGUCACAUGAGGACUCACACUGGUGAGAAACCCUAUCCUUGUGACCUUUGUGAUAAAUCUUUCAUAUCCAGAGGUAACUUGGACCGUCACCGGAGGAGUCACACAGGCGAGAAACCAUUUUCAUGUGAAGAAUGUGGUAAAUUAUUUACCAACAAGAUGUCUAUGGUUAAACACGUCAAAAAUCACACAGACAAGAAGCUCAAGAAGAGGUUUUCUUGUAAUCUUUGUGAAUCGUCUUUUAGUGACAACAUUCAGCUGGACAAUCACCUGAGGAACCACACAGGUGAGGACGUCUUCUCUGUGGAAAGAAAGUCUCCAAACUGUCCAGUUUAACAACCGGACUCAUACAAGCACUAAUUUACCUGAUUGGUAAAUUAUUCACUUCCAGUUAUAAUCUGACUGGAUAUGUAUGUAAAUAAGCCU